AUGUCUUUACUCAUAAAAGCUUCACAAAUUAACGAAGAAGAAAUUCAACAUUGGCAUGCGGACUUUCUUCAAAAUUGUCCAUCAGGUCAAUUAGAUAAGAAAUCAUUCGUUGAAUAUUACAAAAAAUUGCGUCCACGAGAAGAAACAAAUAAAUCAAUCGAAGCUAUUUUUGAUAUGAUUGACAUCAACAAUGAUGGUACAGUUGAUUUUAAUGAAUUUUUGAUUGUUAUAGCUUUGAUUGAUGAUUUAAAUGAUUUGGGAUCACGUCUUUCAUUUGUAUUUGAUAUAUGGGAUGAAUCAGAAGAUGGACAUAUUGAUCAAAAAGAAAUGGAAAAUAUGAUAACAGCCAUUUAUGAUCGUGCUGGUAUUACUGAUCGAAAAGGUGAUCAACAUCCAAAAAAACGUGCAAAAGAAAUCAUUGGUAAACUUGAUAUUAGUGGUGAUAAAAAAUUGAGUAAAGAAGAAUUUAUUAUUGGAUGUAAAAAUGAUCCAAUUAUUCGUAAUUUAUUUGCUCCUAUUAAAUAA